GGAACGUUCUGUGCUGCUUCCUGUUUCCAGGCGGAGGGCUUUGAGCGUGGCACUCCGUGCAAUAUGGCGGAAUAUUUACAGGUCUUUCGGAGGGCGCUGGCCCAGGUCCGGGCACACGGUGGUCUCCGGGGGUCUUUCUGGCAAAUAAUGAGGUUAGAAACUAGGAGUCCGGCAGCUGUCAGCUAAAAGUCCCUUAGAAUGGAGAGUGUGCAGCGGGUAUAGCCUUCCCCAUCUCCCCUGUCACCUUGGAGGGAGGUUACACUCACCUCUGAUUGCUGCUCCUGCAUGCAGGGACAUUGCUAUUAAAUCACAUUGCACAUAAUUAAAGGAAAACUCUCCACGGCUCCUGAUAAUGUAAUGGGUUUAAAGUUUAUUACUUACAUAUUAAUAAUAAAAGAUGUACUGGCAUACAAUAUUCUCACUGUAAAAGGGAUCACAAUUGUCCAGAUAUAUUAUAUUAUAUUCAUUAACAUGUGAACUGUAGUAAAUUUUAAAAUGAAAACUGAAAGCAGGGGGGUUCAUUCUCAGCGCUCUCUCAAAGUGAUUUAUUAACCCCUUAAGGACCAAACUUCUGGAAUAAAAGAGAUUCAUGACAUGUCAUGUGUCCUUAAGGGGUUAAAGGGCUACUCCAAGCACCCUGAUUAGUUCAGUGAUUUGAAGUGGUCAUGGUGCUUGGAUUCGGUAUGUGCAGGUUUUGCUUUGAAACACUGAACAUGCUGAGAUUAACCCCUUUGCCGCUUUAACUCCACCUCCGGCAGCGUCACAAGGGUGUCAUCAGAUAGCCCGUAACUAGAGUUCGGGGCUGCUUUAUGUCAAUUCUGUGCACGCUUUUUUUUUAACAGAGCUACUUUCAUUGGAUGAGAGCGUUCAGCUCUAAAGAAGCUGGAAUCUCGACACCCAACAAGAGAAGAGAUUAAGGUUUUUUCCUAAUAUUACCGAUUGGGGGGGAAAAAAAUCUACAAUUUAGCUAUAGUCCUAGCCAAUUUUUUAGCUUAAAUUUUAUAAUUCAAUUCAGUAGAAUUGGUGUGUUGGUUAAUAAACGCCUUGGAAUUCCAUACAAUUCACACUUUAAACACUCUCUCUAUAAAUAUUUGUACAGUUUUUUUUAAAGGGUUACUCCAAGCACCAUAACAACAUCAGUGAUUUGAAAGGGUCAUGGUGCUUGGAAUCUCUAUGUGCAGCAUUUUGGUACUUGUUUUCAUUGCAGGACUAAGACAGCUUCUAGUGGCUUUCUACCAGACAGCCCCUAGUGCAGGGGUAGGCAACCUUCGGCACUCCAGAUGUUAAUAAUGCUGGCAAAGUAUCAUGGGAGGUGUAGUCCAAACCAUCUGGAGUGCCGAAGGUUGCCUAUGCCUGCUCUAGUGGAUGUCUACCAGACAGUCACUAGAGAUGCUUCUGGGAGUUUACCGGAAUCUAGGUCGCCUAACAUGAGGACAUUUAGCGUCAGUAAAAUUCCUGUAGGACGGCAUUAAGGCAAUGCUAUCCUAUAGGACAUCGGCGCUGGAAUCGGAUAAGUGAUUUAAAGGAGUUCUAACCCUUUAUUGGUCAUGUGGGGAGGGGGUACCAGAGGAAUACAACUUUGUAUUCCUAACACUGUAGAGUCCUUUUAACCCCUCAAGGACCAAACUUCUGGAAUAAAAGGGAAUCAUGACAUGGCACACAUGUCAUGUGUCCUUAACCCCUUAAGGACAAAACUUCUGGAUUAAAAGGGAAUCAUGACAUGUCACACAUGUUAUGUGUCCUUAAGGGGUUAAAGGACCACUCUAGGCACCCAGACCACUUCAGUUUAAUGAAGUGGUCUGGGUGCCAGGUCCAGCUAGGGUUAACCCAUUUUUUCAUAAACAUAGCAGUUUCAGAGAAACUGCUAUGUUUAUAAAUGGGUUAAUCCUUCCCCCAAAGCCUCUAGUGGCUGUCUCAUUGACAGCCGCUAGAGGCGCUUGCGUGCUUCUCACUGUGAUUUUCACAGUGAGAGCACGCAAGUGUCCAUAGGAAAGCAUUAUGAAUGCUUUCCUAUGUGACCGGCUGAAUGCGCGCGCAGCUCUUUUCAGCCGACUCAGAGGAGGAGAGCUCCCCGCCCAGCGCUGGAAAAAGGUAAGUUUAAACCCCUUUCCAGAGCCGGGCGGGUGGGGGCACCCUCAGGGCACUAUAGUGCCAGGAAAACAAGUAUGUUUUCCUGGCACUAUAGUGGUCCUUUAAGGGGUUAAGCAAACUGCAUGUAUUGGGGCCUUACACUAAAGUCUUCUGUAGUUAAAAUUGCAGGAAAUGUGGUUACGCUAGCUAAAAAGUAAUGAGUAAUAAGAAAAUUCCAGCUACCUGUCCUUCUAAUAUAUUGUUCUAUUUUGUUAGUGUUUUCAUUAUCAUAAAUUCCUAUUCUUCUCACUUCUUUCCUCCAGAAUUAAUGAUCUGAAAACUGGUGCACUGAUUGGCGUUGACAAAUAUGGCAACAAAUAUUUUGAAGACAAACGUUACUUUUUUGGUGAGAGUUUUGCUUAAUAGUAGGAAAUAUGUCAGCCUAAUAGCAAAUUAUUAUUACAUAUAGAUAUUUUAUCCACCAAACUUUACAAAACCUUGUCGUACUUAGUAUUACUAAUCCAACAUUUUAUUUGGUUCUGCAACAAGGCGCAAAACAAAAUAUUUUUCAGUAAAUCUUAUUGUUAUAUAUUGUUAUAUAAAAUAAAUUCUUAUUUGACUAAAUGUCCACUACAGCUGUGGUCAAUCCUAAAUAUGAGGGGGAAAAAAAAAUCUAAUUUAGAACACCUUUUAGUCCCUUUGCAUCACAUACAGGGUCUUAAAAAGGACAUUAUCUCUAUAUCUCCCAGCUCUGUAGACAGCAGUCUGUCUAAGACUCUGAUCUUCUUUGUUCUGGUUUCCAGCUAUUAGCAUCUGUGUCUGUCAGAAGCAGUGUCACUGCGGUAUGCACAAUAAAGAAAGAUUUUGCUGGAUUGUCCUUCGUAGUUGGUCUUGCACUAUUUCUAUCAGUUGUCUUGAGGGAUGCAGAAGCUGCUUUAAACUCUGUCUAUUUUGCAGUAAUUCGACAAAAAAAAUUCAUACACAUAAUUUGAUUGAGUAUUAUUAAAAUACCCUAUUUUCUAUCUAUAGUGCUUGUAAAUCCAUAGAUAAGCUGUAACGUGGAUAUUUAAUUUUAUAAAAGCCAAUUUUGGUUAAAGCGACAUGAGUUUUCUAUGUAGUAUGCAAUCUUUCCGGUGUGAGGUGUAAUUAGGUGAUAUCGAUGAGCUUCAUUUUUCCGUAGGCUAACUCUUACAUUCAAGUAAGGUAGUCAUAGUUAUACUGGGGAAGGCAUGAGAGUCAUAGCUACACUGGUGGAAGGCAUGAGAGUCAUAGUUGUACUGGGGAAGGCACAAGAGUCAUAGCUACACUGGGGAAGGCAUGAGAUCCAUAGCUACACUGGGGAAGGCAUGAGAGUCAUAGCUACACUGGGGAAGGCAUGAGAGUCAUAGUUAUACUGGGGAAGGCAUGAGAGUCAUAGUUACACUGGGGAAGGCAUGAGAGUCAUAGCUACACUGGGGAAGGCAUGAGAGUCAUAGUUGUACUGGGGAACGCAUGAGAGUCAUAGCUACACUGGGGAAGGCAUGAGAGUCAUAGUUGUACUGGGGAACGCAUGAGAGUCAUAGCUACACUGGGAAAGGCACGAGAGUCAUAGUUACACUGGGAAAGGCACGAGAGUCAUAGUUACACUGGGGAAGGCAUGAGAGUCAUAGUUGUACUGGGGAACGCAUGAGAGUCAUAGGUACACUGGGAAAGGCACGAGAGUCAUAGUUACACUGGGGAAGGCACGAGAGUCAUAGUUACACUGGGGAAGGCACGAGAGUCAUAGUUACACUGGGGAAGGCACGAGAGUCAUAGUUACACUGGGUAAGGCAUAUAACUUUUUUUUGUUUGUUUGCUUGACUGGAAAAUGUUGUCCUCAUCACUUUGUUCUUUGAUUGCAGGACGUCACCGUUGGGUGGAGUAUACUAAGGAGAUGAAUGGCAAAGAUACCUACUGGGAUAUAGAUGGCAGCAUGGUGCCUCCUGAAUGGUGAGACUCGCCAAACACAUUUGUAUGAAAUAUGAAUCAGGAAAAAGUUUGUGUUUGUGUGAUAUUGUCAACAUCUUUGCAGUAAUUAGUUUUUUUUAUUUUAUUAUUUUUGUAUGUGUGAAUUAAUUGGAUAUUUAUAAAAAUGCACAAAUUAUGGUGAGGUAUGUAUAGUUUGUCCAAGCUCUAAUUUUGCAUUGAGUUAUUGCAGGGCUUGACAUAUUUGCUUUGAAUCUAGGAGUUGGCUAAAAAAAAGUUAGGAGCUAGGUUUUUUGUUUUUGUUUUGUUUUUUAAAACUUACAAAGCUUUUUUUUGUGUGUUUUCCCAACAACAGAAAUACAAUUCUUAAAGGGACACUAGAGUCACUAGAACCACUACAGCUUAAUGUAGUGGUUCCGGUGUCUAAAGCAUAUCCCUCCAGGCUUUUCAAUGUAAACAUUCCCUUUUCAGAAAAAAAAAGCAGUGUUUACAUUGUUGCCUAGGAACACCUCUAGUGACACUCACUCAGACAGCCACUAAAAGGGCUUCCUAGUCCAGUGCUGCACAGUGUGCAGCACCUACGUUUAUUUAGCAUCACCUUGCUCUGCAUGAAGACGCUGAAUGCUCCCCAUAAAGAUGCAUUGAUUCAAAGCAUCUCUGAUGAGAUACUAAUUGGCGCAGCGUGGUGUUUUGCCGCACAUUUGCAAUAGCCUCCCAAUGAUUUCUUAUGGAUUGGCUGACAUCAUCAAGAUCGAUUGAUCUCGGUCAUGGAGGCAGGGCCAGCCGCAGCGAAACAGGCAUUCCGUGGGAAAAAAGGUGAGUAAAAACACCUUUCCCAUGCGAUCAGAGACGCACUCACUGAUUUUAGUCGCACACAUUUUCUCAUACACUCACAAAUGAUAAUUUCUGUACAUUUGGGAGAGCUGGAGUGGAUCAUUUCCCUGUGGUACAAUGGGCUGCUCUGAUCCUGUUAUUUUCUUGCUCUGCUUCCUUACAUGCUGUUUAGUAAUGCUGAGACCCGAGUGACGUCAUAUCCCGGCAUCACAGCAGAGCAGUAAGAUUGCAGCUCCCUCGCCGCAAGCCUCCAUUCCACAGGAACUGAACGGUCUGGCAAAUACCCUGAGUUGUUGAGUCAUAGGAUAUGGGUGCUUUGCUUGUGUGUUUAUAUGAAUGGGCAAGAAACUGUGAGGGUUUCAAAAUUGUUAAAUAUUAACUAUGUUUGAAACCACACUUUUUUUUAUUAUUCAUUAGUUGUGAAUUAGCUACCCAGAGAGCUAAAGGAACACUCCAAUGCAAACCCCCGAGGAACUUCACCUUGAUACUACAUAAUGAUGUUUGUUUGAAACCUGUAAUAUAAGAUAAAACUGCAGUUUUGUGUACAUAUUGCUAUUCAAAUAUAUCAUUUACAUUUAAUUUGUAUUUACAUAUCGGCUAUGAAGAAAGGUUAACAAAUUUAAACCUAUUUAGUUUAGAAAAACAUCGCCUGAGAGGGGAUAUGAUAACAUUAUACAAAUAUAUUCGGGGCCAAUACAAACCAUUGUGUGGAAAUCUAUUCACAAACCGGACUUUACAUAGGACACAAGGCCAUGCGUUUAGACUGGAAGAAAGAAGAUUUCGCCUAAGGCAAAGGAAAGGUUUUUUACUGUAAGAACAAUCAGGAUGUGGAAUUCUCUGCCUGAAGAAGUGGUUUUAUCAGAGUCCAUACAGAUGUUCAAACGGCUACUAGAUGCAUACUUGCAAGAACAGAAUAUUCAAGGAUAUAAUCUUUCAAUGUAGGGUAAUAACUGCUUGAUCCAAGGAUAAAUCUGACUGCCAUUCUGGGGUCAAGAAGGAAUUUUUUUCCUAGCUUGUUGCAAAAUUGUGCUUCAAACUGUUUUUUUUUGCCUUCUUUUGGAUCAACAGCAAAAAACAAAUGUGAGGAAGGCUGAAUUUGAUGGACGCAAGUCUCUUUUCAGCUAUGUAACUAUGUAACUAUGUAACUAUGAAUUUAGCCAUCAUUACUCAUUCAUUCUUAAGAAAAAUAUUGGAGGCUAAAAAAGUUUUUACAUUAAUUUUACAAUAUAGAGAUAGAAACUGCACUCCAUCCACAUAAGGCAAAGGGUGCUGACAUAGACCAUGGGCCAGUACCAGCCCAACAAAAGUCAAUACCAGUAACAGAGAUGAGGUCCAGGCACUACAAUAGCUUUAGGCAAAUUCAUUAGAGCCAAGAAAACGCUGCAUUGUUUUACCCAGAAUUAGGUCUUUGUCUCUGCUACUGGUAUUUACAUAAACUUUGGCCAGUACCAAAAAUCAAAUAUUCUGAUCCCUAAUAAAUGACUUGGCUGUGACCAUCAAAAAGUAGCAUGCUUCAGCAUAAAGUACAAUAUAUCAAAAGCUAUUUUUUUUUUACAAAUAUCAAUUUAAAGUGUACAUCUUAUAGUACACAAAAUGUUAUUUUUAAAGUUCCAUUUCUGUAUUGUGGUAGCAGAAUUACUUGCAAAUAUAUAGUUUUAUAAAAUCCUAUUUAAAAAUCUGAUCUUAUUUAAAAAUCUCUUUGCUGCAGUUGCUAUGACUAAUUAUCUAGCAAGAGUAUCUCAUGCUCGCUAGAGGAGUAUAGGAAUUGAGUCUUAAUGUCACCAAAGAAGUUAGCAUAUCAGUAUUAUGGAGUAGGGAUUACCUUGCAAAACUUGAUGGGGAAUACAUCACAUUUUGUAACGUUUUGUCAGCUUGGGCUUUGCCCACAAGACAAAGUAGUGUGUUUUUUUUUUUUUUUUUUAAUCUUUUGAAUAUGUUGAAUUUCUCUCAAAUUCCACCACCGCUUGAAUACUUAAAACUGGUUGGUGAGCCGAUUUACAUAUAUAAUAUAAUUUUUCAUAAUGUCAUAACAGAUGCACUUUAAUUAUCACUAAUUGAUCAGUCUCAUAUAUCAUUUGCCUGUAAGAGGGACUGGGCCAGUGAACGUAUGUGACCAUUUAUGGGAUGUGUUUUAAGAGUAGGAAAUGCGACACAUGCACGUACAAAAGUAUAUUGGUUUUUGUCUUUUGAGGACAAGUACUGGCUGUUCAUAAACAGUAGGAAGUCCCUGUUUACUUGUUAAUUGAUGCAAGAAAAUUCAGAUAUCUGAGCAAGCCAAAAUUUCCUGGCUUGGGAUUGUUCCACUAAGAUUGUGAGAAGGUGUUUGCGGCAUUUCAUUAUUUUCUGGAUCAGGGAUCUGCUACUUUGACCACUACACAAUCUGGUGCUAUUUCCUGUUGUUCUUGGAAAGACAUAUUUGCUCUAUGUUCUAUAAAUUCUCAUCGAGUUCAGUGGUACGUAUUGGGCAGACUUUCCUAGUUUAUAUACUUUGGAGAACAAUAGGGGGUCAGUGACUGUUUAACCGUUUGCGUGCCUGGACAGGGUUUGGUUUUGUUUGCAGAAUCUGGAAAGGUUAAUCGUGAGCAUUUUGCUUUCUCUCAAUAUAAGUCACAUUGCUAUAAUUACAGCAUAGAUUAACCUAAGAAACUUGUGUACACAUAACUUUGUAAAGGCCCCACUGGGCUUCCAUUUAAUACCAUUUACGAUUUUUAAUUUAUAAUGCAGUAAGAAUUCGGGAAAAAAAAGAACGUAUUUUAACACUGUUUUGCCUGUAAUAACUUGCACUAAAUUAAUGCACAUAAUGAGAAAUAUGAUUCCGAAAUAGAUUAAUUUAUUUGCUUGUCUUUGGAGCAUGUGACUUGGGUUUUCAACUGUUUUGGCACUUACAGGUCACACAUUAUUAAAAGAACACUCGUGACACUUAAAGUGGCACUGUCAUGCCAAACUUACCUUUCUUUAAUCGAUUCCUCUUCUCUCCCUCUCUCAGGAUCUGUUCUUCAUUUCUUCCAGUCUGCUCUAGUUUUCUUUAAAACAUAAGACAAAGUAGGGACCAGCGGAGGAGCAAAGUGUGCUUAAUUUCCGGUGAUCAAAGCAAUUUUCCUAGAGUUCUCACCUUUGAUCCGUAAUCUUGCGUUGCUUCCUGUCAGUAUUCCCGAACGUCCUGUCAUUUAGACAGAACGUCAGCGAAACUACCGAAUUGCGUCCUAACAGAAUGAGAACAGUUUUACUUGUCUGAGCACUCUUGUUCCCCUCCUCACUAUUUUUAUGGUUAAAGAGGGGGUGGUUAGUUAGGGUUUUUUGUUUUUUUUUGGGUGGGGGGGGGGGUAACUAGAGGCUUGGGGACACCUAUGGGAGGGGGGUGGUUAACGUUUUAAUUUGGGGCCCCAACCCGCUGUUCAUGGGUGAAGGCCGGGGGGGGGGGCGAGGGACAGUAGGUCUCCCCCACAAUUAAAAAAAAUUUUUUUUUAGGGACCCCACUCUCCACACAGGGGUGGGGGCUGGAUGGGAGGAUAAUAGGACCCGUCCCCCCUACAUUUUCAUUUAGGGCACAAUAGGUCCCCCCUUGUUAUUUAGGAGCAAUAGGUCCCCCGUUCAGUUUACUAGCCCCCACUCACGUAGCUCGGGAGGGGAGACACUAGGGGUUGUGUUUUUUUUGUUUUGUUUUUUUAACAGUGAGCAGCCAAUCUUUACUUAGUAUUAGUAGACUUGGCUGAAAGACCAAUUUAGGUCUUUCAGUCUUUUGGUAGAUCGCUCCCCGAUACCGUGGGAAUUAGGGAGCUAUCUACUAAGCGACACAAAUAGGAUUGGAGUUUCAUUCAUUCCCAUAGGAACAAAGUCCCAAAUUGCGUCCUAACACUAAUGGAGAAACUGUACUCAUUCUGUUAGGACGCAAUUCGAUAUUUUCGCCGACGUUCUGUCUAAGUGACAGGACGUUGGGGAAUAUUGACAGGAAACAUCUCGAGAUCUGGGAUCAAAGGUGAGAAUUGUGGGAAAAUUGCUUUGAUCACCGGAAACGAAGCACACUUUGCUCCUCCGCUGGUCAAGCUUAGGAAACCUUCAAAAGACAAAGAAGACAAACUUUGUCUUAUGUUUUAAAGAAAACUAGAGCAGACAGGAAGAAAUGAAAAACAGAUGCUGACUGAGGGAGAGAAGAGGAAUCGAUUAAAGAAAGUUCGGCAUGGCAGUGCCACUUUAAAGAACUUCAGCUUGCUAUGUGUCUGAAGUCUGUCAUUUUUUUUGACACUUUAUAAAACUGCCAAUUUCAAUAGAGUUCGACCCUUUUAGAGUUGUGGUAUAAACACUGUCACUCAGACAGCCAGGGAGACUUUCUUUUAAUUUCUUUUAGUUCCACAGAGCUAAUGGAAGCAGCAGGCUUUGUAAGCAUAAAACCCGUCAGCCCACAUCCCAUCAUGCCAAUAAAACACUUCCAAAUAUGACCAGUAUACACCAACUCGCAUCCAUCAUGCUCAUGAAACUCCUUCGUUUUCUCAUCCUGCUUCCCAUCAUGACCAGAAAUCACAUUAUCUGAAUGCAUUUGGUUAUGUGACUAUUCAGAAAAUCCCUUUACUUUUAACCCAUUUCACGUGGUGACAAUAAAACACUUAGUUUACAAUCAUCCCAUGUCACCUUAGUGGCCACGGAACCCUAACUUUGCCCUCAGCUCACUUCCCAUAAUGACAAUUAAGUACUUUACAUCCUAUAAUGUCUCUGGGACUGGUUAGGCUUUUUUUUUAUCUGAAAAUAUUUGUAGUUUUUUUUUUUUUAAACAAUACUAAAUGAGAUGUUUACAAUAUAUGAAUACAUAUAGCGGCGUUUCCCAAUUGGUGUUCCGCCAAAAUCCCACAAUUGGGGAUCCGCCAAAAUCUAUAAAAACAAAAUGGCUGCGGGCAGCGAGGGAGCAGUGGGCAAUGAUUCCACGAUUCUACGAUGUUGAUACACUAUGUUGAAGGGUUCCACAGGAAACAUUAAUUGGGAACCCCUGGCAUAUAGAAACUAAACAAAAACAAACACUCCAAAGUUUAUUAUAUUUUGUUGCAGUUAUUUCCCAGAGUUGUGGUUAGGCACUCUUAUUAUACCACUAGAGGGCCCAGUAAUCACUGCUAAACGUUUUGUGGCAAAGGUUGUUUUACGGAGUUUGAACUCAAAUCCAAUCUUGUGCAAUAUACGCAUGUGAUUGCAUGCGUCUUCCUGUGAGGCAAUAUUAACAAUAUUAGAAGAAAGUCUCACACUGACACAAUCCUAGAUAUUGUUGGGACUUUAGAAUUUUUUUUUUUUUUUAAUUCUGGAGUUUUGAGCUGGAUUGCAGAGUAAUGUUUUCAUAGCUGUGCUCGGCAUAAAGUCAAAUGAGCUUCCAUUUAACAAUUUUAGGUAAACCUUAAAGUGUAGUAUGGGCCAAGAUAACCAGCAAGUGCCAGUGUUACAUUUCUGAUAGCUUCACCCCAUUUCCUCCCCCUCCCCAAAUAAAAUACAAUAACAUGUAUUUUACAAUAACAUAAUCACACAUGGUCAAGGUACAUCAGCGCAAACUAUAAUCGGCUUUUAAAAGUAGGAAUUGGUGAUAAUUGAGAAUGGAAACUGAAUUUCAAAUUUAAGGCCACUGUAGCCGAGCUGGAAAUAUAGCUGACUUAAUAUAGGUUUUUGCUUUAAAUUUGAAAUACACGUUGCAUUCUCAUUUCAGUAACUAACCCUAUAAGUCUCUUAUAAGUGUCUUAUGCUACCCAGACACCCGACUACUCCUGACAGCAUCAAGGUCUACCCCAAGUAUUAACGUAAACGAAGUAAGGUUUGAGCAGGGCCCUCAUCUACCUAUUGUUCCUGUGUCACUGUGUAAUUGUCUCAUUUAUUGUAAAUUUCCCUCCCUUUCAUAACAUUGUAAAGCGCUGCGGAAUUAGUUGGCGCUAUAUAAAUACUAAUAAUAAUGAGAAAUUUUGUUUCAAAUAGAGGGCUGCAGGUGAAACUACACAUUUCAUAUAAUUUUAAUAAUGAAAUUUUAUAUUGAUACAAAACAUUUAGAUUUACCAUCGGUUGUUUCUAUUUUUUAUGAGCCUGAGUUUUAAUUUGCCAUCUGAUUUAUACAUACUGUAGAACCGGGGUUCCCAAAUGGUAGAUCCCCAGUUGUUGUAGAACUGCAAUUUCCAUGAUGCUUUGCAUGGCUUUAGAAUGACAAAGCAUCAUGGAAGCUAUAGUUUUAUUUUUUAUUGAUCAUCUUUGUCAAUAGAAUUUAUUUAUCACACGGUUCUCCAGGUUCCUGCACUGUGGCGAUUGCUAGGAGGAUGACUCUUUCUUCCCCAUUACCAUCGAGGGAGGUACCUUGAGGGUUAUUAAAUGGUACACAUUCUGUGAGUGCAUCCAAUAAAAGUGUCAUCUGUUUAUUUUAUGACUGUGUUACGCUAUAUUUUUGUAAGCUUCCUUUUCGAUCUUACUACUGUAUCCCAUAUUUUGUGCAUACACCUAUAUCUUGGCUAAUUGGUUACCUACUAGGAAGUAACCUUGGGAAUCUGCAUUUUUAUUACAAGUUAUCGGUUACCCUUUUUACUUUACAAUGUUGAGAGUGAGAGGUGAAGGGUUUGCAAUAUUGUUUUGUAUAAAAUGGAUACUGUCUGGUUUAACAAUACCGAUAGUGGCAUUUAUACCCCACUCCUAUACACCCAACACCACCCGCAACACCAGUUCCAUGAGCUUUCAGGCUUUAAUGGGUCAGCUGGGUGUCAUUUGGCUCAUAACAUUUAUGGUCUAGCCUUCCUUAUAGAAUCAAGUGCCAUGGGGGGGUUUCCCUUUAAAGGACCACUAUAGGCACCCAGACCACUUCAAUGAAGUGGUCUGGGUGCCAGGUCCAGCUAGGGUUAAACCUUUUUUCUAUAAACAUAGCAGUUUCAGAGAAACUGCUAUGUUUACAUUAGCGUUAAUCCAGCCUCUAGUGGCUGUCUCAUUGACAGCCGCUAGAGGCGCUUCCGCGCUUCUCACUGUGAUUUUCACAGUGAGAAGACGCCAGCGUCCAUAGGAAAGCAUUGUGGAGGAGGAGGAGAGCUCCCCGCUGGGCGCUUGAGAAAGAGGUAAGUUUAACCCCUUCCUCACCCUAGAACCUGGCGGGAGGGGGACCCUGAGGGUGGGGGCACCCUCAGGGCACUAUAGUGCCAGGAAAAUGAGUAUGUUUUCCUGGCACUAUAGUGGUCCUUUAAGAACAUGCAUGGCAUACCAGUCUUGGAUCUGAAAAAGUUUUCGUUCUUAGUUUUUUGUGGUUGUAGUUUUUCUUUUAUUUAGGACCUGAGCAAAUGGUGUAAAGAUUCUCAGUAUCUGAAAAACUUGUUUACCUGGCAUUCUCAAUAGUGAAAGCCUCCAGCCAAACUACCCGAAACUGAUAUGAAACGAAGUCAGGGUAGGUUUGUCAGUGUAUAUCUAUUGAUUCAGAAUAAAUUUCCUUGUCGCCGCCAGUACUUUUGGACAAAGCUCAAGUGAUUUGGAAUUUUACCUGAAGGUAUAUCUAUGAUGGCAAGCAAACAUCAAAAUGUAGAAGACUUUUUUAAUAAAAUGCCCUGUUUCUCUCCAAACAACUUUAGAAAAUGUACAGUUUCUUUUUUUUAUUUAUUUUUAUUCACAGAUAUUUUUUUAUUCUACUACCAUACUUUUGAGGUAGCACUUAAAAGAAGCAGAUAUAUCUUACAGACCUUGCUCUCACCUUGCUGUUCUACAAACUGAGAUAGAUGCUUUUAGGUUUUGUCUUAUUAUUACUCAGGUACUCUAUAAAAUAUAUAAUUUUAUUUCUUAUAUGUUUUGCUUACAAAGUUACAUUUUAUGGUUCACCACUUUCUGCAUGUCACAUUUAGUGGUGCAUGUCCAGGAGCACUGUUUUAUUGUUCAGCCCUAAAUAUGAUAUAUUUACAGAAAAUUAUGCAUGCCCAGGAGCUGUGUGUUACAGUACAGCUGUACAGUACAUGGCAUUGGUAUAAUGCGUAGUACACGUCCCUAUGUGUUGUCUCUGUCUACAAACCCAUGCAAGGACAUAUAGAGGUGUUGGGUGCCCUAAAGUUAAUUGUUAGUUUUUGCUGAACUGUGAUCUUUUUUUAACAUUAUGCCACUAGUCGUGGAGCACUUUCCUGUAGGCAGAUGCUAUCUUAUACAAGAGAAUUUGUUGUGGUUUUUCUUUUUAUUUUGUGUAUCUCACAUUACUAAAUGGUUAAUACCCAGAACCUGUGUUCACUUGGACAAUCGGCAAACAUUGAAUGAAAUAUGGGGUUGGUUUGACAUUUAGAAAUGUAGUGUGAUAUUGAAAGCAAACAAAAUCAUGGAAGAAGAAUGGGACGGUUGGAGUGAUGUGAAUGCGGAGUGGCUAAUUCUGUGUAGAUGUGAGCUGAAUGUAAGUUUGGGUACUGUGUAUUAUCACAGGGUAUCAAAGUUAAAUAGACUGACCAGUGGGUGUUGUGAAUGAGGGAUGGCAGCUACAAGCAUUUUCUUAUCGUUGUCCCUAAAUUAUUGUUUUGGCCGUUCUUCGAAGUGCAAUACACACUUUGCAUCUUCCCUGUGGCACAUGUAUCACAAUAUACUGUAACAUCCAUUAACCGCAUUCACAUCACAAUAGGGAGUUAUCAAACACACAUUACUGAAUCAUUGCUAAUGCAAUAUUAAAAUGGACAUUCUCCGUGUACUCCUGUCUUCCUCCAGCAUACACUGACAGACGGUCUACACUUCAGCCAUCAUUCUGUAUAUAUCAAAUUGUUGUUCACUUCACAUCUGGUAUUGGGAUCAUAGUCAUCAACAUGUGGGGCUAAAACAAUGUGAGCACCCACAAUAUGUUCCAGGAUACAAGUACUAGACAACCUGGUAGCAUUGAGCCCUCCUUCCAGAUAAAAAAAAAUAUGGCUGCUUCCAGAAUCUUUACUGAUAUGUUUCAGAAGAUUUUAACUGCAUACAACAGAAAAGGCGAUGUUUGGAGAAUGUACAUAUUAUAUCGGUAAUGGUAGCUUAUUUAUAAUUCUAAUUUACCCAUCAUAAUAUGUAUAAAGUAACCAUAGAGGUGCACUAAUGUGUUCUGUGAUUAGUUUCUAGAUGUGGUUUACUUUUAUUCUUUCAAUGUUUGAAAGCUAGGAUGGUAUUUUGCCAGUUUACAUUUUCAGUUUUUAUAUCUACAAGUUGGAACUUGACUCGUAGCCUAAACAUUGAUCCCAAGGGUGUUUAGCAACAUAAAAAACACAGUAGGUGAAACCCAGACAGGAGCAAAACAAAUGAGCUAUGAUAUUAAAGUGACAAUGGUUUUGGCAGCAAGGUGAGUAGUCCCUUUGUGGCUUAUUUUUUUAUCAGUGCAGUUAAAGGAGCACUAUAGUGCCAGGAAAACAAACUCGUUUUCAUGGCACUAUAGGGUCAUUAGGUCCCCCCCACCAUCAGGGCCCCCCUCCCGCUGGGCUGAAUGGUUUAAAACCCCUUCCGCCACUUACCUUUCUCCAGUGCCGGGCUCCCUCUGUGCUGGGGAUCUCUCCACCCCCUGCCGACGUCAGAUUCAAACAGCCCAUAUGAAAGCAUUACUCGAUGCUUUCCUAUGGAUGUCCAGCGUCUUCUCACUGUGAUUUUCAUAGUGAGAAUCGCGGAAGCGCCUCUAGCGGCUGUCAGGGAGACAGCUACUAGAAGCUGGAUUAACCCUCAGUCAAACAUAGCAGUGAAACAUAGCACUAGAGGCUGGCUUAACCCUCUGAAACUGCUAUGUUUUCAGCUGCAGGGUUAAAAUUAGUGGUACCUGGCACCCAGACCACUUCAUUGAGCUGAAGUGGUCUGGGUGCCUAUAGUGGUCCUUUAGUUUUAAAUUCUAUAUUUGACAUGACAUGCUGCGAUCUAGACCAUUAGCUGAGUAAUAGUCUAGAGUAGAGAAAUGCAUUAGGAUUCUUACCCGUGGCAAAAGUUGCUUCUUAGACUAAAAAUUGUAACAUGUGGAAUUAGUAGCCGUGCUCAGGUUCUUUAACUCAAGUCAAGUUAAAACCCCUUCAGUUACUCACCUCAUUCCACCGCCGGGCUCCCUUACCUCUCCUCCCCCGCCGAUGUCAGCGGAGCGGAAUGUGCAUGCACGGCAGUGCCGCGCGCGCAUUCAAAGUGUCCGUAGGAAAGUAUUUCUCAAUGCUUUCCUAUGGACGCUCUGCGUGAUGGAGGCAUAAUAUGCCUCCAGCGUCGCAGAUGCGCCUCUAGUGGCUGUCCUGAAGACUGCCACUAGAGGCUAGAUUAACCCCAAAUGUAAACACAGCAGUUUCUCUGAAACUGCUAUGUUUGCAUCUGCAGGGUUAACCCUAGAGGGACCUGGCACCCAGACCACUUCAUUCAGCUGAAGUGGUCUGGGUGACUAUAGUGUCCCUUUAAGUAAUACAGUAUAACCCAUUCUAAAAAUAGGUUAUAAGUUCAAUGAUUAGGUAUUUGAACCCAACUGUAUCCUGAAUAAACCCAAUCCAAUCCAAAUUCAAAUUUUAGCUGCUGGGUGCAUUGGUCUUUAUAAUAUGGAAAUUUUAAUUGGGGCCCUUUUGUAUGAAUUAGCACUACUUCAAAGAAGGUUUUUCCAAAAUGAGAACCUCUUCAAAAACAUCACUUUUCUUGGGUUUGUGUCCAUAAAUUGUUGCUGGGCUUGACGUUCCCCUGGCUCUGUGUUGAAGUAAGUACAGUUUAAACGACUGUGCCAUUGUUUAAUGUUUACAGAAACUUGUCAUUGUUUACCUUUAAGUUUUUUGUGUACCUAUCUUACAGCACCACAGAACAUACCUAAGGAAACAAAUUUGUGUUUACAUAACUCAGCAGGUGGUACUGCUGCCUACCCUGACUUGUAUCUUUAUUUAGGGAUUAAGUCAUUUUUAUUCUGUUUCAUUUUUUUUCUCUCUGUGCAAGUCAAAUACCGCAGUAGGCAAUAUGACUGUGAGAUUGUCAUUGUUCUGCCGGAGUCUUGUAUGAAUUUAUGCUGACAGCUGAAUACAAUGCUUUCUCCUGGUUAUUUUCAGCACAGCGCUUGACAGCCAGGUUUGUUUUUGCCAACUUCACAGCUUUAACGCUUAAAAUAGCAUCCUUCAUCUACCUAGGCUGUAAGAUGUGAUCGUUCCAGAAGUCUCUGCGUUUGCUUUGUGUUGAUUUAUUGUUCAGUCUAACCACCAUAAAUAGGGGCCCAGUAUACAAGGGCUGCGUGGAGAAUUAUAUCUGCAAGCAUUAAUGAAAUUAACUCCGGAGUUAUUAAUGUAAUGAGCUAUAAAAUCUCAACGUUGUGCUGUUUUUAAAUACUUUAUCCAUCUUCUCUUAAAAUGCUUUUCUGUCUAAUGGGCAGAGCGUUAAACAAUUUAAAAAACGUUUUUAAGCCAAGUAUUUUUUAUUUUUUUUAAUCCGUCUGUUACACAGUUUAAAAAGAACUUGUAGGAAACGGGCGUUUCUGUACAAAGACAAUGCCUGCAGAACAGAACUAAAGUUUAUGUAACUGCUCUUUGAAUUAUUGCCAGAUACUGAAAACCUUCUUCGUCUACAUUUAAUCUGCAAAUACACAGUGUUUACACAUUUAGGUUGAUGAACAGUUUUCUAUUACCAAAAUGAUUGUUUGGUAGAACUAUAUGUCAUAGAGACGGGUUUCUUUAAGAGCUGGAUGAGAUAUGAUGUACAAUACAGGUAUUCACACAAUUCAUUUAUCUGUAAAGUAACUGUAAAGCACAGCCUUGAUUUACGACAGAACGUCUUUUUAUUUAUUUUGGGCAGUAUGUCAAGAUGUUGGUUUACAUUAUUUCUGUAUAAGAGUGCUUAGUUAUUCUAUUAUGUAGAACAAUGCGUUUUCGUUGCAGUUUGGAAGAUAACACACGAUCAAACUCUAAAUAAUAAUCUCCAAUAUACAGUGGAAAACUUUUAGGAAUAUUAAGGCAUUAGGAAUACAAACAUGCAUUCCUAACUCUAUAGUGUUCCCCUUCCUUUAGGUGGCUGCCCCCUCCUGCUGUGAGGGGUUAAAAGGCGAGAUACUCCUUUUUUCAGGGUAUGGGUUUAAAAGGUGAGGUAACUUUAUUCCCUCCAUGAGCUGGUCUCACCGUGGUUGUUCCACCUCGUUGGUUGAGAUGAUCAAGAUUUGAUAAUCUCAGUCAAUCCAUUGGGAGGCGAGUGUGCAUGCAUUUCAAUGGCCUCUAUGAAACCAUCUGAUUGAAUAUUGAAUAGCUGAGUUUAACUCUGCUGUAGAGUUGGAAGCCACUAGAGGUGCAUAUAACCCCACUAAAGCUGUUUCUACAAGCAAGGUUGAUGUUCCUACAUGGAAGUGUUAAAAUGACCACUACACCCAAACCAUUUUAUUGAAUGUAAUGGUCUGGGUGACUUUAGUGGCCCUAUAAUUUCCUCCAGUAAUCCAUAAAUUAAAGAGACAAUCCACAGGAUGCAUAAUAAUAAAAAUAUAAUGCUCAUCCAAAUUUCUCUCAUUUGCCACAAAUCUUUGUCUGUUUCUCCUCCAGUGAUAUUCUAUACAACCUGAUAUUAAUUCUUGUUUCCCAUUAAUUGCUAUGGUAAAAUUACUAAGAGCAUGCACAUAACUAGGGAUGCACUGAAAUGAAAAUUCUGUCCUGAAACCGAAAAAUGACACUUGCCCCCAAAUGAUUUGUGUAGGUCAUGUAGUGUGUUAUGGAAUAUAGUGAGGUGUAGGAAAGGGAUUUAGUGUGUAUGUGUGUAGAUUAUAUAGUGUGUGAGGGAACAUGGUGUGGUGCAGUAUAGAGAUGUAGUGUGUAGGUUACGUGGUGUGGGCUAGGGAUGUAGUUUGUAUGUUUGUAGGUUAUGUAGAGUGUGUAAGGCACAUAGUGUGGGGUGAUAGAGUUGUAGUAUGGGUAGGACACAUAGUGUGGGGUGGGAGAGAGGGGGUGACAGGUGGCAGAGUGAGAUGGUGACAGAGUAAGGGAGGGGGCGACUGGUGACAGAGUAAAGGACGGGGGCGACUUGUGACAGAGUAAGGGAGGGGGCGACUUGUGACAGAGUAAGGGAGGGGGCGACUUGUGACAGAGUAAGGGAGGGGCUACUGGGUGACAGAGUAAGGAGGAGGCGACUCUUGACAGAGUAAUGGAGGGAGGUGGCGACUGGUGACAGAGUAAAGGAGGGAGGUGGCGACUGGUGACAGAGUAAUGGAGGGAGGUGGCGACUGGUGACAGAGUAAUGGAGGGAGGUGGCGACUGGUGACAGAGUAAAGGAGGGAGGUGGCGACUGGUGACAGAGUAAUGGAGGGAGGUGGCGACUGGUGACAGAGUAAAGGAGGGAGGUGGCGACUGGUGACAGAGUAAUGGAGGGAGGUGGCGACUGGUGACAGAGUAAUGGAGGGAGGUGGCGACUGGUGACAGAGUAAAGGAGGGAGGUGGCGACUGGUGACAGAGUAAUGGAGGGAGGUGGCGACUGGUGACAGAGUAAAGGAGGGAGGUGGCGACUGGUGACAGAGUAAUGGAGGGAGGUGGCGACUGGUGACCGAGUGACUGGUGACAGUGACUGAGGGAGGGGGUUAGAAAUACUUUAUUUUUUAUUUUUUAUUUGGUGGUCCAGUGUCCUGGCUCCCCGGUGGUCUGUCUCUCCAGUCUGCAGCUCUGCCCAGUGUGAGCCGCAGACUGUGCUGUAUCUCGUGAUAUUUAGAAGUCAGUGUUGCUGUGGUAACCCGCAGCAACUCUCUGACUGGCAAGAGAUUGCGAGAUACAGCACAGUCUGCAGCUCACACAAGCCAGAGCUGCAGAGCUCGGUCAUGGACCGAGGACCUGACAAUUCACUCUUCCCUAUUUUCAGCAGAUUUUACCCAUUUUCGGCCAAAAUGGGACAGGCUCAUUUUUGGCCAAAAUUUCGGUGCAUCCCUACACAUGACUAGUCAUAUCUAAUAGACUUCAAUGGAAAAGGCUUGCUAAAGUUUUGCAAUUAAAGCGGCUCUGUCAGCUCUGGGUUUUUUUUUAUAUUUUGCUCCUCUUGCAGUGCGUUGGCUGUGGGUUUCUGGGGGAGGUAGGUUUUACUUCCUUGAACCUGUCCGUCGUAACCUCUGGCAUCCAUCCUCUUCAUCUUGUGGGGCUCCAUUUGGCAGGAGCUGUACUUUCACGCAUGCCAGAGAGUACAGACUGAUGUCUAUGGAUAAGACCACAGAAGCCUCCAUAGACAAAGCAUUUUAACUCCUCUCAGGUAGCUGGAAAACUCCAUGGCGGACAUUCCCUGAAAACAACAAAUCACAGGAAUUUAUAAGAAACCCAGAAACAACAAAUAUUUUAAAGAAAUAUCUUUUAUAUUUUUCACACCUUAUUUUGUUUUUGCACAAUGUAUAAUGCCUUAAAAUAAAUGGGGGCCAACUCCCUCCUGAACUGCUAAGUCAUGUGUCUACAUGUAUUUUCUUUGUUAAAAUGUUUGCUGUUGCUGUGAUACUUAUACCAGGCUUCAGGUAGAAGAUGAAAAUGGUUUAUAAGUUAUUUCUUCUUUUUCCAUUUAACAUCCCAUGGAACAUUCCAUCUUCUUUAAAGGAACAUUAAUUGCUCUGGAAUAUAUUAUGAAAUACUCAAUACUUAUUUGUGGAAAGCUUUACUGAAAAUAGUCAGUUGGUCACAAACCCAGGCCCCUGGCGUGCUGUAAUCACCCAUUCUACAUUAUUCAUAAGCCAAACUACAUAAAGAAAGAUCCCUGCGCGCUAUUUCAAAUUUCUAUGCACAUUUAAGGAACACUAUAUAGUGUCAGGAAUUCAAAUGUGUAUUCCUGACACUAUAGGUGUGAAAACACCGUUUAGGUGUCUGUGCCCCCUCGCCCUCCCUUUCCCCCAUCCCCCUGUGAAAAAGGUAAUUUACCUACUUUUCCCCCACGCCACACAAGUCUUGUCACGGAUGGCCCAGUCUCCUAGGCUGAGAUUAUCAAACUUGACAAUCUCAGCCAAACCAAUGCUUUCCCAUAAGAAAGCAUUGGGCGGCUAAUAAGCAUGUGUGUAAAACCACUGGUCCGUGCCAUUCAGCGUCUCCUCAUAGAGAUGCAUUGAAUCAAAUAUGCAGCACUGAUCCAGGAAGCACCUCUAACGGCUGUCUGAGUGACUGCCACUAGAGGUGUUCCUAGGCAGUAAUGCAAACACUGCAUUUUCUCACUAAAUGCAGUGUUUACAUUGAAAUGCCUGCAGAGACAUAUUAUACACACCAGAACAACUACAAUAAGUAACAGGAGUUUUUUGUAUUUGUUUGUAUCACUGUCAAGGCAAAAGCUCUUAGGUCCUACACUGACAAUUCAGAAAGAAAGGGGUAUUUGUAUGAAGCCCUACACACUUACUGACUUUUUAAAGGACACACAUGGGGUCUGUGUUGGUGUUUAGAUGUGCAUUGUCGUCAUUUAUAAUGAUGUAAAUAGCUCUGCGUCAGCAGCUCGGCUGUGAAAUGUUCCUAGCAGGCAGCCCCAAGGAAAUUUGGGAUGGAUGUUUACGCUGCCUUUUACUGAACGUCUGCUAAAGUUAUCAUUCUGUUGCCAUGACUCAGUCUUUGGUUCUGUAAGGAAGCAGACUGUAUCAUUGUCAUUAUCCCAUUAAGGCAAAGCCCUACUGAGAUACAGACUGAAACCUGAUUAAAUGUGGAAAUGAAGAAAUGCACCCUUAUUGAAAUAAUCAACUAAUGUUCCUCUGAGGUGUACAGUGCAUUUCCCACUUCAAAAAAAAAAAAAAAAAAACAUAAUCAGAAUUCACAAUCAACUCUUUGUUGGUCAGAUUGAAAUCGGGAAACUUAUUUUUCCUGACUUAUUCUUUUGCAGAACUACACAGAGGUUUGUUCAGUAACACCAAAUUGUUUUGAACUAGAAGAGAAAUUGCAAAAUUCUAAUAAAAAGAACCGAUAUUGAAAAAUUCUCCAAUUUAGCUCUAGUCACAGCUUGGCUCUUUGAGGCUGAAUUUUGCAAUUUCUUUUUCUUUUCAAUAUAAUUCAGUGCCCCACGGUGAUUCCAUUGGCAGUCUAUGCACCAUAGCCAGUUACUGGUAAUUUCUAACAGUAACAAUAUUAGCUCUCACAAAGAUUUUUUAAGAAAUGAAAAAGGUUGGAUAGUAGCAUGAAAAGGGAAAAGUGCUAAAACGUGUCCACCUCAAUAUUGCAAUUCAGUAAUUCCCUUUAGAAAAUAUAAGUUAUUUUAGACCCAAUAAAUGCAUAUUGCGGCUCCCCCCUCUCCUGAAAGAAAAGAAAAACACUUUGUCACUUCCCUUGGAAAUAUACUUCACAACUUUGCUACCUAAUGAUUAAACAUCCCCUUUCUGUACCCAUAUGUUAAUAUUUAAAGGAAAACUAUAGUCACCUAAACAACCUUAGCUUAAUGAAGCAGUUUUGGUGUAUAGAUCAUGCCUCUCAGGUUUUACUGCUCAAUUCACUGCCAUUUAGGAGUUAAAUCACGUUGUUUCUGUUUAUGCAGCCCUUGCCACACCUCCCCUGACUCUGAUUGACACAGUCUGCAUGAAAAAGAAAACUGGUUUCACUUUCAAUCAGAUGUAAUUUACCUUAAACAGUUGUACCUCUUUCUCUGUAAAUUGAACUUUAAUCACAUACAGGAGGCACUUGCAAGCUAUUAACAUAGCAGGGCAUAAGAAAAUCUAAAUUAAACAGAACUUGCAAUAAAGGAAGGAUAAAUUGUAGAUGACUCUUUACAGGAAGUGUUUAGGAAGGCUGCGCAAGUCACAUGCAGGGAGGUGUGACUAGGGUUUAUAAACAAAGUGAUUUAACUCCUAAAUGGCAGAGAAUGAUCUAUACACCAAAACGCUUAGUUAAGUUAAAGUUGUUUUGGUGACUAGUGUCCCUUUAAUGAAAAUAAUUUCUCUUAGCGGAAGUGUUUAGAGAUUACAUUAAAGCACAAAGAUUUGACUACCACCAUGUAUUUUCUUCUGAUUGGAAAAUGCUCAUUAGUGUCUUUAUACUAAAGCACUUAUCGUUACCGAUUAGCAAUUACAUUUUGUAUUUUACAUUCAUUUUAUGUAAUAUAGAUCAGAGCUGGUCUGGCUUCACAUUUUCACAGUUGAUGUUUGAUAUCUUUACAUUGUGGCGAAAAUAUUUUCCUGAUAAACAUUGCACAUGUAGUUUACAUUUAGAUAGAAAUGUUUGCUGGCUUUUAAACUAAGCUUUCUUAAUGUACCUGGAAAAAUAAGUGGUCAAUCAUCCCCACAAAUAACCACGUUUCAAAUGGAAAUACACCCCUUUAUAUAACGCUAGAAGCAUUAUUGUUCAGCAUCAAUUUAGUAGCAGAAAUUUCUGAUGAAAGUGCUCCCUUUUAUACAGCUCUGGAAAUACUAAUAUCCAGAAUUUUUAUCUAACAAAAAAGAAACAUUUUUGAAAAACCAUGUAAUAAAUGCAGAAUGGCUUAAAGCCACUCACGCGGUAUAGAGCCAUGUACAAGCUCUAUAACAAUAGCAUUGGAUAGAAACAGCAGCAGGGAUUCAGACACCAUUAGUAUUUUUAUACAGAACAAAGUAGUGGCUUGGUUGUUUUGAGAGAGUUGUUUUUAUGCUUUUUUAAAAUAAAUUAUUUCUGUAUGAAAAUACGACUGGUAUCUGAGCUGUAGGAAUUCAAUAUUUUUAGAGUAUCUUAGCAGUUUUUUUUAUACUUUUCUCUCUGUACCUGUUGACUAAAUAAGUACUGAGCACUGAGUAAAUAAAGGUUAUAACUGUGACGCUUGCUAGUUUUGGAGUUAAUACUUUUAUAAAUGUAUUUAUUUGUGUAGAUAUCUUUUUAUUUUUUUACCUAUGGUUUGCUGGUUUCUAGACAGUGUUCUGUUCGUAUCUUUUGAGAGCUUUAAAGGAACACUAUAGUGUCAGUAACAAAAACAUUUAUUCCUGACCCUGUGGUGUUAAAACCACCAUCUAGCCCCCCUGGUCUCCUCUUGCCUCUUUAAAUAUAGUAAAAUCUUGCUUGUAUUCAAGUCUGGAGCUGCUGGCUCUGCCCCUGUCUGCCUCAGAUUUGCCUGCUGUCUGCUCACAUCAUCAGAAGUGGUGGUCUAAGCCAAUCACAAUAUUUCCCCAUAGGAUUGGCUGAGACUGUCAAGGAGGCAGACCAGGGGUAGAGCCAACACAACUCAAACACAGCAAUGGCCAAUCAGCAUCUCCUCAUGGAGAUGAAUUGAAACAAUGCAUUUCUAUGAGGAAGGUUCAGUCUCUGCAUUUAGACACUGAAUUACAGUGCUGCUCACUCUGCAGCACUGCCCCAGGAAGCACCUCUAGCAGCCAUCUGAGGAGUGGCCAGUGGAAAUAUCACUAGGCUGUAAUGUAAACACUAAAUUUUCUCUGAAAAGACAGUGUUUACAGCAAAAAAACGGAAGGUAAUGAUUCUACUCACCAGAACAAAUUCAAUAAGCUGUAGUUGUUCUGGUGACUAUAGUGUCCCUUUUAUGUGAAUAAGACAUUCCACGGUGUGACACACAUGCAUUUGGUAAAUGCUUAAUAUCCACAUGUCCAUUUGCAAAAAUGAUUUACACUUGGGUAAGAAAGUUUGCUGGGUGCAGGAAUCACUGUUUUAUCAGUACCUGUUAUCAGAGUAAGCAGGACAUUAAAGGAAUAAGGAGUCUCCAAGUGGGGAUACAGUCACAUCUUGGUGGUUUAUAGGCUAUAUUCAUGUUGCGAUAUCCAAAUAAGGAGAUAUUCCUUCUUUUAAAGGAACAUUCCAAGCACCAUAACUACUACCACACACUGUAAUGGCUCCCCCCCCCUCCCCAACGUCUGAUGUAAGUACUGUAGUGGUUAAGGUGCUUGAAGUCUCCUUUUAAUAUAAAUGAAGGAUGUUGUGGCAGCAAGCCUAACACACAGGGCUACAAAGGAACUUACAGAAAGAGAUAAUUGGCUUUGGAGACAGCAGGAUAAGAUACUUUGUUUUUAACCUGUCCUACUUAGUUAGAUGUGGUGCAAUUCCUUGUUUCUCUAAAUUCACGUUAAUCAUCUUUUUCAGGCAUCGCUGGCUUCACUGCAUGACAGAAGAACCUCCAACAACACACCCUCCUGUUGCACAUAAAUUUGUCUGGGAGAACCACAAAUUCAAUGUGAGUGCCACUCCUGAGCAAUAUGUUCCAUAUCCCACUACACGGAAGAAGAUUCACGAGUGGGUACCACCUCCACCAUCUAGCAAUUAAUAAGGCGCUGGAUUGUAAGAUAUCACUGCAGAACUAUUUAAUAAAAAGAAGUACUUUGGAGAAGCUGACUUGUCCUCUUUUUAAGUAUUAACGUACAUGUCUUCAUAGAUCCUUUACUGCUUUUACCC